AUGAAUGAUGAUAACAACCUCUACAAUUCUCCAAAGUACGUGAAUGAUUAUGAUCGUGACUUACAUAAUUCUCCAGACAAUCUAACUGGUGAUAUUGCUCAAGGUAAAAAAUAUUCUCCCAAGAAUUUGACUGCUAGUCGUGACCAUUACGAUGAAUAUGACGAUAGUAACUUAGAACAAAUCAGUACUCCUAUUGCUGCCAGUACUAAUAGGAAUUACUCUGGUUCUAAAGCAACUAAUAAGCAGCCAGUGGUCACCUCCAACCAGGACAAUAAGACUACCUUGUAUGGUACAAACACUCAUCCAAAGAAAUCAUCUAAAAACUCAUCUGAUUCGCCUCUUAAUGAUACUGCUGGCUAUCAAACUUCUACUAACAAGCCAGUAGUUACCUCCAACGAGGACAAUAGGUAUGGUACUGACAAUAAGACUACCUUGUAUGGUACAAACACUCAUUCAAAGAAAUCAUCUAAAAGCUCAUCUGAUUCGCCUCUUAAUGAUACUGCUGGCUAUCAAACUUCUACUAACAAGCCAGUAGUUACCUCCAACGAGGACAAUAGGUAUGCUACUGACAAUAAGACUACCUUGUAUGGUACAAACACUCAUCCAAAGAAAUCAUCUAAAAACUCAUCUGAUUCGCCUCUUAAUGAUACUGCUGGCUAUCAAACUUCUACUAACAAGCCAGUAGUUACCUCCAACGAGGACAAUAGGUAUGCUACUGAUAAUAAGACUACUUUGCAUGGUACAAACACUCAUUCAAAGAAAUCAUCUAAAAGCUCAUCUGAUUCGCCUCUUAAUGAUACUGCUGGCUAUCAAACUUCUACUAACAAGCCAGUAGUUACCUCCAACGAGGACAAUAGGUAUGGUACUGACAAUAAGACUACCUUGUAUGGUACAAACACUCAUUCAAAGAAAUCAUCUAAAAGCUCAUCUGAUUCGCCUCUUAAUGAUACUGCUGGCUAUCAAACUUCUACUAACAAGCCAGUAGUUACCUCCAACGAGGACAAUAGGUAUGGUACUGACAAUAAGACUACCUUGUAUGGUACAAACACUCAUUCAAGGAAAUCAUCUAAAGGCCCAUCUGAUUCGCCUCUUAAUGAUACUGCUGGCUAUCAAACUUCUACUAACAAGCCAGCAGUUACCUCCAACGAGGACAAUAGGUAUGCUACUGACAAUAAGAAUACCUUGCAAGGUACAAAUACUCGUUCAAGGAAAUCAUCUAAAGGCUCAUCUGAUUUGCCUCUUAAUGAUACCGAGUUCUCCGAUGUUGGUUACAAAACUUCCACAAAGACAACGACUGGUACAUUUUUGGGUGAAAAAAUCAACAUUGUGGAUGCCUUUAAAAGUUCAGGAAGAAGAAAAUCUAGUAUCAGUAGUAAUGAAAUAAGCACUAAUAGAUUGACGACAUCUACCAGCCAUGGAACUAAUACUAUUUCUGGUAAUGAUAGUACCACCCGUAAACUUAAGGAAUCAAUUGAUUUAAAUAGAAGGGAAUUUGGCAAUUGUAACAGCUUAGUUGAUCCUUCUAAGCCAACUUAUAGUAUUGAUAACAUUAAAACUGAUUAUAGUGCUAAUGACAAAUCGUCAGUCCCCAGAAGUAUUGUCAAUAACCAAAACGAUCCUGAAAAUGUUGGAGAUGCUACUGCCACAGCUAGUACAACCGGUAUUAUGAAUGGGAAGAUUGGGAACCAAACCAAUAAAGAGACCUCUAUUUUGUGA